UGGCUUUGAGGCGGCGUCGAGGAGGAGCGCCGCGGUGCAUUGUCGCAACAGCUGCUCCGCGAUCUGUUAUGGCCGAAUAUGUCUGAUUUCCAUUUAAACUUGGUGUGAAUUGGCGGUGUUGGCUGGUGGAAUUUUUUUUUCUUUCUUUUUUUUGGCGAGGAAUUGCUUAGUGUUCAGUGAUUUUUUUUACUAAGGGGGAAAAGGGAGGAAAUGGGGAUGGGGGAAUUAUCUAUGCAGUCGUUGUUCAGAAAAUAAUGAUCCGUCCAGUUGUUUGCCAGAGACAUAUUUACCGAUUUUUUGUUCAUUGAGGAACUUAAUCUUUCAAAGAUAUUACUCGAAUAAACGUUUUCGGCAUCGAAUUAUGGUCAAUGAAAAUGUGACAAAUAAUUCUUGCUUCUGAGACAGUACUGCAUAUUCACCGGAAACUGAAGACAUUUCGGCGUUCUGAGACACGAUGAAAGCUGUUGUGAAGGACUCCAAGACUUUUAUAACUUGGUGGGCCAUGGUGCAGGAGAAGCCAAGCCUGCUGAGCAAAGCCAAGCAGAAGCUGGGUCCGUGGCGCCUGCUGGACGAGCACUUUGAGGACGGGGCGUGGGAAGCCGUGGCCGGCCUGGCGCGCCUCCUGCAGCCGGACUCCGUCGAGGUGGCGCUGGAGGGCGACGCCCCCUGGCUCCUUCCGGGCCUCCUCGUCGUUCUUGAGCAGCUUCAGAAGCUUGAGUGUGAGUGUCGCGUGAAGUGGCGGCGCGACUGGCACCUGAGGGCGGGGGCAUCACCCACCACGGAGGCGCUGCUGCGGGCGUCCUCUCCGACGACGCUGGCGCUGGAGCUGGACGAGCACGAGGACCCCGCCGCACUCGCGUCCCUCCCCGGCAUGGUCGCGUCCCUCGCCCGGAUCUCGUGCUCCGUCAACCUCUUCCUCGAGUCCCACUUCCUCGGCCACAGCGACCCCGCCGUGUCCGACCCCUUCCUCCUGCCGUGCCUCGGGGACACGGCCCGCGUCAGGUUCCGCCGGCUCUCGGCUCACCUCGGGCCCGAGGCCACCGCGCGGUUCGUGCAGGAGGCGGCGGCGGCAGACAGAGCGAGCAGCGACGACGACGAGGAUGAGGUGUUCCUCCGCGUGCGGGCGACGCCCAUGGUCCAGGCGAAGGCGGCCAUCCGAUACCUGGAGGUGCUGCGGGUGAGGAUCUCCUCCGUGGGACGUCAUCGCGGCCCUCAACAAGAGCCUGCCCUUCAUGGAGCUGCUGGACGACCUGGACGUCCACCUGACGCUGCCGCGCUUCGUGCCGUCGGACGCGGUGCCUCAGAUCGCCUACGCGAAGGACCGCCUCACGCUGCGCCUGGACCGCGUGGACGACGCAGGGGCCGACCGCGCCGGGCGCAUCGCCACCGCCUUCAGCAGGCAGUAUGCCCACGUGUGGCUGUGCAAGAGCCGCAUGACGAGCGGGGCGGCGAGUGUUCCUGGAGCACCUGA